CAUUAACUGCUUUGGUUUUGGCCAGGUAAGCACUUGAAAUGUAGCUCUCGAUCACAUGUUUACUACGAGUACGGCCGCAAAUGGAAUCGAACCGAACCGAACCUAAGCGAACGCUUGCAAACAUUUGCCACUUUUGUCGGUGUGAAUUAAAUUGAGUAAUUAGGCGGUGUCAUAGAUAGGAGCUGCGACAACAAAGAGCGUACCGUGGAAACUUGUUGGAGAUACCAAAGAAAAAAGAAAAACUGCUUGUCUACAAAGUACUCGUAUCUUUGGCCUGGCAAUUAUUUACCUUACCUUGCCCAGUGCAUUUAUAGAUUGUUUUUAUUGCAUUUCGAUUAGCUUCGAAUGAGUUUUGGACAUUUUCGUCGCAGCUAAUUAAAAAUACAAGCCGGGGAAUUUGCACAGGCCCCGAAUUAGGACCGGCCAGACAGCUCUUGGCCAGCAGGAUUUAAUCCACUUAACAAGUUAAUUUCUAGGCAACCCUAAUGUGCCGUUUACCGUACCCUCCCUUCCCUCCCCCCAACAACUAUCCACACCACACCACUAUGGCCGCCAUGGCAACCCAACCUUCAAAGCUGUCAGUCAAAACAAAUCGAAAAGCCUUUUUUGUGUAGAAUAAAAUAAAAAAUAAGACCACUCAGAGCCAGCUGGAGAUGGCCAAGAAGCAGCAGGACGAGGCACGCCCAUAUUUCGAGCUGGCCGUGCAGACGGGCAAGAAGAUGGAGAGCCACGUCCGGCUGGCAGAGCUUUAUCGCAAGGACAAGCAAUACCAGCAGGCCAUCAAUGUCCUCGAGAACUGUUUGCAUUUGACGCCGGAGAAUGCGGAGGUGCUGAUUGAAAUCAGCGAUCUGUACUUGAAAAUCAAUGAGACCCAAAAGGCGUAAGAUCGCUUGGCGGAAGUCGUCAUCGAACGGAAAUGCUCCCCAAAGGGCCUAUUGGCCUUCGGCGCCAUUCUGCAGUCCCGCAACGAUGUGGAUGGCGCCCUGGGCAAGUACAGCCAAAUCGCAAACGCUGAGCCGGAAAUCGCCGAGCUGUGGAAGAACAUUGGUCUGUGCUUCUUCAAAAAGCAAAAAUUCAUUGCGGUAGGGGAUUAAUUACACUUGAAUGAGCCACUCUCGCGCUGGCGCUUUGACGUUCUGAUGGCAUUUCAAUACUUAACCUUUUUCCAUGCCGUUUCAUCGCUGCGCAAAUCCGUUUGGCUCUCGCCGCUUAAUUACAAUGCUCUCUACAACUUGAGCCUCAUCUACAUAGCCUCUGAACAAUACGCCAGUGCUUUUCACACGCUGGCCGCAGCCAUAAACCUGCGCAAGGACAAUGCCGAGUGCUACAUGCUCUUGGGCCUCUGUCUGCGCAAGCUGGACGACGUGGACAACGCGUUCGUGGCUCUCGAGCGGUCCAGUAGCAUGGCCACUGGCCAGCAUGGCGCCGGACGUAAUCCUUUGGUGCUCCUGAACUUUGCCCUCUUCUGUUACGAGACGGGACGCCUCGCUUUGGCCACGGAGCAGUACAAUCGAUUCAUGGGCCAGGCCCAGGACCUGAUGCUGCCCACGGAAUACAAGUUCCAGGCAACGAAACUCAAGUCUCUGCUUCGUAUCUCGAAUCAAGGAAAUAGAAUGCUGCUGGAGGCCGCAGAGUCGGAUGAGGCGGCAUUGGCAACGGCGCCGGACCUGCGGCCAGAUGAGCUGCCACUGGAGGUGAAUGCCGUUGUCAGCCAGAACUAAAUUGGAAAUCUCUUCAUUGGAAGUACUCUACAUAGAUGCGUAUAAUAUGAUGUAAAUCUGAUAUG